AUGCGUCCAAAUAUACUUGUUGGAGUUGAAGAUGGUGAAUCAAUGUAUAAAAAAUGGUAUUUUGAAGUUGUUAUUGAUCAUAUUGAACAAGUAACACAUGUUCAACCACAUAUACGUAUUGGUUGGGCAACAACACAUUUUCAACCAUCACCUGGCCAUGGUGAUGGAUUUUCAUCAAAUGGCAUUGGUGAUAAUACAUAUUCAUAUGGUUUUGAUGGUCAAAGUGUUUGGUUUGCUGGACGUGCAUAUAAUGUUUCAAAUCGAGUUCUAACACCGACAGAUAAUAUGCAACAUAUUGGUUUUAAAAAAAAUGAUGUUAUUGGUUGUUUAUUAGAUUUAAAUAUACCUGAAAUGUGGUUUUCAUUAAAUGGUUUACCUGUUAAAGGUCUUUUAAGAGAAUUUAAUUUAACUGGAAUGUUUUAUCCAGCUAUAUCAUUAUCAUCUCGUGUUAGUUGUCGAUUUAUAUUCGGUGGUGAACAUGGUCGUUUUAUUCAUCGACCACCAGAAGGUGCAGCACCAGUUUAUGAGGCUAUGUUAGCAAAACAAAAAGUUUGUAUUGAACCAUGUUUUUCAUUUGGUAAUAUUGAACGAAAUCGUCUUGAUGGUCCAUCACAAUUUCAACAUCAUAUUGGAUUUACUCCUCAACCCGUACGAACAAAUCAUAUUGUUUUACCAACACAUCUUGAAAAUGUUCGUGAUCGAUUAGCUGAAAAUAUUCAUGAAUUAUGGUCAAUGAAUAAAAUUGCAACUGGUUGGCAUUUUGGUGAAUAUCGAGAUGAUACACAAAAAGUUCAUCCAUGUUUAACAUCAUUUGAUCGUCUUCCAUUAUCUGAAAAACAGUAUCAUAUAACAACAGCAAUGGAAAAUUUAAAGAGUUUAAUAGCACUUGGUUAUCAUAUUGGUGUUGAAAUAAAAACUGAUGAUCGUCGAUUAAAAUAUGUUAAAUUACCAAAUACAUAUGUGCAAUCAAAUAGUUAUAAACCACAACCAUUAGAUUUAUCAAGUCUUGUUUUAUCAACUAAAUUAGAAGAAUUAAUUGAAACAUUAGCUGAAAAUACUCAUAAUGUUUGGGCAGCUGGAAGAAUUAAAGAUGGAUUUACAUAUGGAAUAUCUGAUAAUCCACGUCAAAAACGAAGUCCUCAUUUAGUUCCAUAUGCCAUUGUUGAUGAUAGUAUUAAAAAAAUAAAUCGUGAUGCAGCAAGUGAAACAGUUAAAACACUUCUUGCAUAUGGUUAUACAAUAGAUACACCAACAGGCGAUGUUGAAGAUCUUAAUCGACGUAAUAAAGAGGCCUCGAAUUCUGCAAAUAGUGAACGUAUAUCAAAUUAUCGAACAUAUCGAGCUGAACAAACAUUUGCUGUAACACGUGGUAAAUGGUAUUAUGAAGUUGAAUUAUUAACACCAGGUCGAAUGUUAAUUGGUUGGGGACAUGCAUCUAAACUUGAUGCUUUUUAUCCACUUGGAACUGAUUCAUAUGGUUAUGGAUUUGAUGGUUUAAAUGCACGACGUUUUCAUCAUAAUAUAUUUGAUGGUUUUGGUAAACAGUGGUCAAAAAAUGAUGUUGUUGGAUGUAUGAUUGAUUUACAUGAUAAAACAAUUAGUUUUUCAUUAAACGGUGAAUUAAUGUUAGAUAAUAUUGGUAAUGAAACAGCUUUUGAUGGAUUAGAUGUUGAUGAUAUUGGUUUUGUACCUGUAUUAACAUCAUUUAGUGGACAAAAAGCACGAUUAAAUUUUGGACAAGAUGUUAAUACAUUAAAAUAUUUUACAUCAUGUGGUUUACAAGAAGGAUAUGAACCAUUUUGUGUAAAUAUGUCAAGAAGUUUAACAUUUUGGUAUUCAAAUUUUAUUCCGCGCUUUGAAACUGUAAAAUCAAAUUCAUCAUCAUCAUUUGAGAUAACUCGUGUUAAUGCAAGUCGUGACAAUCCACCAUUAAUAAAACUUCAAUCACGAUUAUUUGGAACAUUAGAAAAAGUUGAAUUUGAAUUUCUUCGUUUAUCACUACCUGUAUGUUGUCAUGAUAUAUUUACACCAAAACAUUUAACUCUUGAACGACGACAAAUAGCAUUACAUGAAUAUAUUGAAUCUCAAGAAGAAAAACGUACAUUUCAAUUUCCUCCAACAUUAACUGGUAUUCGACAAAAAUCAUUAUUACCUGGUGCGACUGAUACUAUGGAUUCUCAUACAACAAAUCAAACUGAUACAAAUGCAAAUUUUCUUUCACCUGACUCUAUAACAAAUAAAGCAAUACGUAAUCCAACAAAUUUACUUGUUAAAUUUCGUGAUCAAACAACAUCAAAAAAACAACCAUCACCAUCACCACCACCAUCACCAGUUUUAAAUGGAAAUCUUCAAACACAUUUAACAAAUGGUACAACAUUAAAUGAAUCAAAUGAUCGUUUAAAUAAAACAAAUACUAAAACAUCAACAAGUAAAAUAAAUAAUUUUUUUCAACGCUUUGCAAAAGAUCCUCAACAUGGAAGUGAUACAAGUCUUAAAACUCCAAAACGUACUGUUAAAUUAAGCGGAAAUAGUACGACAAGUACAAAUACAAAUUCACAAAUACAACCACAAUCAGUUUUAAAAGUUCCAACACUAAAUGCUCCCACAACAACAACAACAACAACAACAACAUUAGGACAAUUAACAUCAGCAAAACGAUCAAGUAGUACAAUUGGAAGAAAAUCUAUUGGUGAUACCGACGGUGAAUUUAAUGAUCAACAACAAAAUGAUUUUGAACAUGAUGAAAUACGUGCAAUAAAUGAACAUGUUCAUGAAUAUUAUUAUGCUAUUAGAAUAUUACCAGGACAAAAUCUUCGUUCAGUAUUUAUUGGUUGGGUUACAUCAAGAUUUAAACCUAUUUUACAAAAAGAAAAUCUUCAAGAUGAUACAUCAGUACCAUCAGCAAAUAAAUUAUCGAAAUUAAUUCGACGUUGUACCAUAACACAAACAGGAGAAGAUGGUUCAAUACUUGAAAGUGUUAUUAGACAAGAUGCUUAUAUGUUUUGUGCAAGUGAUUUAUUAGAAAAUAUGCCUGAUCAUGAAGCUGUUUCUAGACGUGUUGUUAAUGGUUUAUUAAUUGGAUGUUUAUGUGAUGUAUCAACUGGUCAAUUAACUUUUUAUGUUAAUGGAAAAGAAUCAGCACAAAAACUUGAGGUUGAGCCAAGUACAAAAUUGUAUCCAGCUGUAUUCGUCGAACCGACUGUAAAAGAAGUUUUACAAUUCGAAUUAGGACGUAUGAAGAAUUGUUUACCAUUAACUGCUGCUCUAUUUCCAAGUUUAAAUCGUGAAGAACGUUUUCUUCCUCAAUUACCAUCACGAUUAAAUUUACAAACACUUCUCCAUUGCCAUUGGUCACGUGUACCUAUUGCAAAUUUACGUUGUCAACAAUUAAAAUUAUCUGAUGUUCGUGGUUGGAGUGUUUUUGUUGAAGAUCCUGUUCAAAUGCAAGCAGUUUAUAUUCCAGAAGAUGAUCGUUGUACGGAUAUUUUAAAUUUAGUUGAAGAUGAAGAUAAUUUAAAUUUUUGUUCAAAUACAUUAACACUUUAUAAUGCAAUAUGUGCUCAAGGAAAUAAUCGUGUUUCACAUGAAAUAUGUAAAUUAGUUGAUGAAAAACAACUUAUGUAUUGUGUUAAAAAUCCUUAUUUAUGUGGAGCUAUUCGAAUGGGUAUUUAUAAUUUACUUAUUGCUUUACAUUUUGAACCACAUAUAAAAGCUCGAAGUUUAACUUCACAGGAAUUUAUUAUUCCAUUAUCAAGUUUACUUCGAAAUAAUAUUUUAUUACGUUCACAAAAUUCAAUUGAACAACAACAAAUGUAUGCAACGACAACUUAUAUACCAGCUAUGGAAAAUUUUCUAGCUGUAAGACCUAAAUUAAUUAAAGAAGAAGAUUUUAAAAUUGAACGUGAACGAAAAUUACUUGUUCCACCACUAUUUAAUGUCACAAGUCUAAAAGAAUACGUGAUGAAUUCAUUAACAGAUGCAAUUGAAAAAAGUUCUCGUCAUCUUCGAGAUCCUGUUGGUGGAACAUAUGCUAAUUGGCUUGUACCAAUACUUCAAUUAGUAGAUGCUCUUCUUGUCAUGGGAUCACUGGAAGUAAAUGAUAUUCAACAACUAUUACGUUUAGUUGAUCCAACGUCAUUCGGAUUAGAAACUGAUGUAGACUUCGAUGAAGGUUUACUUCAGAUGAAAUUAGAUGAACCAGUUAAACUUCAAUUAUGUCAUGUUUUACAACAUUUAUGUAAUUAUCAAUUACAAUAUCGCAUUGAGGGCAUUAUUGCAUUUUCAGAAGAAUUUGUUGGAAGACUACAAUCAGAUCAAAAACGACGAUAUAAUGUUUUAAAAGAAUCAAGUUUACCACCAGCAUUAAUGGCGAAAAAAACACGAGAAUUUCGUUGUCCAGCAAAGGAUCAAAUGCAAGCUUUAAUGGAUUUCAAACGUGAUUCAGAUGAAACAACUUUUGGUCAUGAAGAUAUGCAAGAAGAAAUAAAAGAUAUGUUAAAAAAUUUUCAUGCAAAUAUACUUAUUUUACAACAAGUUCUUGAGACAAAUCAUGAUCUUUACAAAACGUCGAGUGUACCAAAAAUUAAUGAAUUAGAUCGUAAUGAACAAAUUUCAUUAUUUUCACGUUUACUUGAAAUUGCUAUUCGACAUGCAAUUAAAAAGAAGACAGACGAUACAUUAAUAGAUAAUAUUGAUAAGCAAUUAGUAUGGAAACCAGGAAAAACUCUUUGUGAAGUGAUUAAAGCAACUGUUAUUAAAUGGGGACGACAAACACAUAUUAAUGAUCCUAAUUUGAUAAGAGAAAUGUUUAAAUUAAUUUAUAAUCAAUAUGAUGGAAUUGGAGAGAUAUCCCAAUCACUCGAACGAACUUAUAUAAUAAAUGAAAAAUCAGUACCUGAUAUAACAUCCUUAUUACGUAAAUUAAGUAUUGUUCGCGCACUUCUAACUGUUCAAAUGGAUGCUGAUGAAGAAGAAAUCAUGAUAUCAUGUUUAAAUGAUAUAAUGGAUAAUCGUAUAUUUUAUCAACAUCCUGAUUUAAUGCGUUCACUUUGUGUACAUGAAACCGUUAUGGCUAUAAUGGUUAAUCGUUUAAAUAAAAGUAAACAAGAACAAACAUCAAUGUCAUCAAUGAACGAUAUGGAUGGUCUAACACAAACAAAUGAAGCUGGAGAAAAUCAAGAAAUUCAUCUACCGAAAGAAGAUAAAGUUGAACUUGUAACAACAUGUUGUAAAUUUUUAUCAUAUUUUUGUCGUACAUCACGUCAUAAUCAACGUGCAAUGUUUGAACAUUUAAGUUAUUUAUUAGAAAAUAGUUCAAUGUUACUUUCCCGUCCAUCACUUCGUGGUUCAGCACCAUUAGAUGUAGCUUCAGCUAGUGUGAUGGAUAAUAAUGAAUUAGCAUUAGCCUUGCGUGAAUCACAUUUAGAAAAGAUUGCAUCAUAUUUAUCACGUUGUGGUACAACAAGAAAUGAAGAAUUAUUUCUUCAAGGUUAUCAUGAUAUUGGUUGGGAUCCUGUUGAUGGUGAACGAUUUCUUGAUUUUUUGAAAUUUUGUGUUUGGGUUAAUGGUGAUACGGUUGAAGAAAAUGCAGAUUUAGUUGUGCGUCUUCUUAUACGUCGUCCGGAUUGUUUAGGUCCAGCAUUAAGAGGUGAAGGUGGUGGUUUACUUAAAGCAAUACGUGAAGGUAUUGCACAAUCACUUUAUAUUGCUCGACGACAAAAUCCUGAUGAUCCUGUUAUACAAGCUGCUUAUCAGGAAAUAAUUGAAGAUGAAAGCAUGCAUAAUUUAAAUGAAGAAUAUGAUCGUCUUCAAGUUCGUUUACCAUAUGAAGAUGAUGAAGAAUAUAUUGAUUUAGGUGCAGCUGAAUUAUCAUUUUAUGCUAUUUUGGUUGAGUUAUUAGGUCGAUGUGCACCAUCUGAAGAAACAAUUAAAAUGGGAAAACCAAAUGCUAUUCGAGCGAAAUCAAUUCUUAAAAGUCUUGUUUCAAUGCAUGAUUUAGAAGGUGUUCUUGGUCUUAAAUUUCUUUUACCAAAUGAAAAUUCAAUGCCGCCUGGUCUUCAACCAGCACAUAAAAUGUCAAUAAUAUUAUUUCUUGAACGUGUCUAUGGUAUUCCUGAUCAAGAAACAUUUUUUCGUCUUAUUGAAGAUGCUUUUCUUCCUGAUAUUCGUUCAGCCACUAUUCUUGAUAUGGCGGCUAUCGCAGAAAGUGAUAUGGCAUUAGCAUUAAAUCGUUAUUUAUGUACUAGUGUUAUACCAUUAAUGACAUCACAUGCACAUUAUUUUGAUGAUUGUGACCAUCGAUCAUCACUUCUUGAAUCUAUAUUACAUACAGUUUAUCGUUUAUCAAAAUGUCGUUCAUUAACUAAAAAUCAACUUGGUACUAUUUGUGACUUUUUACUUGCAUUUGCAAGUCAAUUAAAACCAUCAAUGAUGACGCCAUUAUUAAGAAAACUUGUUCAUGAUGUACCAGCACUGACUGAUCAAACUAUUGUACCAUUAAGAAUGCUUACUCAAUGGUAUGAAAGAUGUACUCGAUAUUAUAGUACGACUGCUACCGAAGAAGAAAAACGUUUAACUAUGAUGCUCUUUCAAAAGAUUUUUGAUGCACUUGCAUUUCGAGCAUAUGAUCCAGAAUUGUUUGGUAAAGCACUUCCAUGUUUAUCUGCUAUUGGUAGUGCUCUAUCACCUGAUUAUUCAUAUUCAAUAAACCAACAAGAUCAUUUGGAUCAUGAACGAGAAAAAGCUGAAAUGUCACGUAUUUAUGAACCAAAUCCAACUGAUACUUCAAAUGUUGUAUUAAGCCCAGAACUUGACGAAUUUGUUAAAGCUUACGCUGAAAGUGUUCAUGAUCAAUGGUCAUAUGCUAAAAUUGAACAAGGUUGGGUUUAUGGUGAACAAAUAAAUGAUAAAUAUCGACAACAUCCUAAUUUAAAAUCAUAUAAAGCUCUUGAUCGAAAGGAUACUGCUAAACUAGAAGAUCCAAUUCGUGAAGCAUUAAAAUCUAUUGAAAAAUUACAUUUUCGUUUAGAAAAAACUGAUGCAGGUAUGACACGUAUUGCAACAAAACCAUUACAAAGAAAAAAACAAAAAGAUAAAGGUGCACCGGACUAUACACCAAAAGCAAUGGAUUUUACAAGUGUAACAAUGAAUCGUGAGAUGCAGGAAUUAUCUGAAGCUUUAGCUCAAAAUGCGCAUGAAAUCUGGGCAAAACAAAUGAAAAAUCGUCUUACUGCCAUUGGUGGUGGUCUUCAUUCUCGACUUGUUCCUUAUGAUUUAUUAACAGAUAAGGAAAAACAAAAAGAUUUAAAAUUUUAUCAAGAUCUUAUUAAAUAUCUUAAUAUAUUUGGUUAUCGUGCUGUCAAAAAAACUCGUGAAGAAGAAACAUUAGCUAGUGCAAUAGCUGCACUUAUUCCACCAGCGCCAACAUUAACACCAACAAGUAUAUCUCAAACAAAUGAAAAACGUUUUGCUUAUAGUUUAUUAGAAAAAUUACUUGAAUAUGUUGAACGUGCAUCAUCAACAAUGCAAAAUUAUAAAGAAAGUUCAAAAUUUUCAUUACAUGAAAGUUAUCGUUUAUCAACAAAGGAUGUGAAAUUUUUUGGAAAAGUUGUUUUACCACUUGUUGAAAAAUAUUUUCAAGCACACAGAGAAUAUUUUAUAACACCAUCAUCAUUAAAAACUGGUACCGGUUAUGCAACAGUUAAAGAAAAAGAAAUGAGUUGUAGUCUGUUUUGUAAAUUGGCAUUUUUACUUCGACAAAAAUUUAGUGCAUUUGGAAAUGAAGUUAAUAUAUCUGUUCGUUGUCUUAAAGUACUUGUACGGGCAAUUGAUGUUAGUUCGGUUAUGAAAAAUAGUCAAGAAAUGGUUCGUGCAUCAUUAUUACCAUUGUUUAAUAAUAUUGCCGAAGAUCUUAAUCAAACAGUACAAAAUCUUGAACAAAGACGUUAUAGUCAUGUUAAAGGAACUUUACAACGUGGUACAACCAGUCUUUCAUAUGUACAUAUGGUACUUUUACCAGUGCUUUCAUCAAUGCUUGAUCAUUUGGGAAGGAAUAAUUAUGGUGUUGAUGUUUUUGAAAAUGAAAUUCAAUUAGCCGGUUAUAAAAUUCUAAAUGCUCUUUGGAUUAUUGGUACUCAAGGAACGAAAUUUGUUGAUCGAGAAUGGAUUAUUGAAGAAUUGAAUCGUCAUCGUCCAUUACUUGGUGAUUGUCUAAGUUCAUUUGCAUCUUGUUUUCCUGUUGCAUUUUUUGAACCUGAAUUUAAUAUAAAUAAUAAAAAUGCAUCAAACGUUUCACAAUUAUCACCUGAAGCUAAUGAUGUUAUGACAAAUGUAUCAAGAACAAUUCCUCAUUUAACUAAAGUUAUAUCAGAAAUUGAAGAACAUGCUGAAUCUCGUGCAACAUAUGAAGAUGCACCUCAUGUUGUUGAAGUUAUUCUUCCAUGUGUUUGCUCUUAUUUACCAUAUUGGUGGUCUGUUGGACCACAAAAAAAUAAACAAUCAACCGAGCCUAAAAUAACAAAUGUUACAGUUGAUCAUAUGAAUUCAGUAUUAGGUAGUGUGUUAAAAUUAGUUAAUAAUAAUAUUGAUGCAAAUGAAGCUCCAUGGAUGAAACGUAUUGCAGUAUAUACACAAGCAAUAAUUCUUAAUUCAUCUACAAGCCUUUUGGAACCAUAUUUCUUACCUGUAUCGGAACGCUUAAAAAUUAAAUGUGAAGAUUUAUAUGCACAAGAACAAUCACUUAAACAUGCUACACGUUUAGAAUCAUCUGAACGUGAAGAUCUUGAAUCAAAUUUAAUGAAGAAUUAUGAAAUUCUUGUUCGUGAUGUUUAUGCCUUUGGACCAUUAUUAAUAAAAUAUGUCGAUAUUCAUCGAUCAUAUUGGCUUAAAAAUGGUGAUAUACAUGCUGAUCAUUUAUAUCGUAAUAUGGCUGAAGUAUUUUCAACUUGGUGUAAAUCAAAAUAUUUUAAACGUGAAGAACUUAAUUUUGUAACACAACAUGAAAUAGAUAAUACAAGUAUGUUAAUGCCAAGUGGUACAAAUCAAACAACAAAUACAACAGCAACAUCAUCAGAUACAACAAUGAAAAGUUAUUCAGAUGCAUCCAGUAAUAGUACAUCAGGUGGAAAAUUAAAACGAAAAAAACGUCGAUUAGAUAAAGAAAAAUUUACAUCAUUAAGUGUAGCUUGUAUUAAACGUUUAUUACCUAUUGGAAUGAAUACAUUUGGUGGACGAGAACAAGAACUUGUUCAAUUAGCUAAACAUAAAAUGAUUGAAAUGAAAAUCGCACAUGAUGAAAAAAUUGAAAAUCCAACUGAAGAACAAAUGGUUUUAGAUUUAACGAGUGAUCAAGAGGAAAAUGUUGAAGAAUUUCUUCGUGAUAUUUUCUUCGCUCAAGAACAGGGAGAAAUAGUUAAUAAAAAUAAUUGGCAAAGUGCAUUAUAUCGAAAGAUUGGUUCUAAGUCUCAUCAAACAGGUGUUAUUCAAUCACAAGAAACUUCAAUAAAAAAUAUGUUAAAAAUGGCUAAAGUUUUAUUUGGUUUAAAUUUUGUUGAUCAUCCGCCAACACAUCGACGAGGUACAUGGAGAAAACUUGUUUCAUCUCAACGUAAAAAAGCUAUUAUGGCUUGUUUUCGUAUGGCACCAUUACAUUCUGUACCACGUCAUCGUGCUAUGAAUAUGUUUUUACGUGCUUAUCGAGAAUUAUGGCUUGAAGCUGAAGAAGAUACACGCGCACGUUUAAUUGAACAUCUUUGCGAAGAAUAUCAAGAAGUAAAUGAUCAAGAAGUAACAACAAUAAAAGAAGAGAGUGAAACUGAAACUGAAAAUUUAGCAUUAACAACGACAAUAAAACCAGAUCCAUUAAAACAAUUAUUACAAUGUUUAAAUCGAGCUGCAACAACCGCACAAGUUUUUUCAAUUACAGAAGAUGUUGUUUAUCUAUCGUAUGCAACUAUUAUGAGCAAAAGUUGUGUGAUUUCAGAAGAUGAUGAUGAUAAUGGAGCAGAAGAAGUCCAAUCUUUUCAGGAACAAGAAAUGGAAAAACAAAAAUUACUUUAUGAACAAAAUCGUUUAGCUAAUCGAGGUGCUGCUGAAACUGUAUUAUUAUAUAUUAGCGCAAGCAAAGGUGAAAAUAAUGAAAUGUUACAACGAACAUUACAACUUGGUAUAUCAUUAUUACAUGGUGGUAAUCGUCAAGUUCAGAAACGAAUGUUAGAUUAUUUAAGAGAAACAAAAGACGUUGGAUGUUUUACAUCAUUAGCAACAUUAAUGGCAAAUUGUAGUGUACUUGAUCUUGAUACAUUUGAACGUUGUAUUAAAGCUGAAGUACUUGGUGUUGGUGCUGAUGGAAUGGCUGGUGAAAAAAAUUUACAUGAUGCUGAUUUUACAAUAUCAUUAUUUCGUUUUUGUCAACUUUUAUGUGAAGGACAUAAUCUUGAAUUUCAAAAUUAUCUUCGUUCACAAACAGGAAGCAAUACAAAUGUUAAUAUUAUUAUUUGUACUGUCGAUUAUUUACUUAGUUUACAAGAAUCAUUAAUGGACUUUUAUUGGCAUUAUUCAGGCAAAGAAACAGUUGAUGCACAUGGAAAAGAAAACUUUUGUCGAGCUAUUAAUGUUGCUAAACAAGUUUUUAAUACAUUAACUGAAUAUAUUCAGGGUCCAUGUCCACAAAAUCAAUUGGCAUUGGCAAAUAGUCGAUUGUGGGAUGCAAUCUCAGGAUUUCUCUAUAUUUUUUCCCAUAUGCAAAGAAAAUUAUCCCAAGAUCCAUUACAAAUUGAAUUAUUACGUGAAUUAAUGAAAUUACAAAAAGAUAUGAUUAUUAUGUUAUUAUCAAUGCUUGAAGGCAAUGUUCUCAAUGGUCCAAUUGGUAAACAAAUGGUUGAUACGUUAAUUGAAUCUCAAGCGAAUGUUGAAUUAUUAUUACAAUUUUUUGAUAUAUUUCUAAAAAUGAAAGGUUUAACAACAUCAGAAGCUUUUCAAGAAUUCGAUACAAAUAAAGAUGGUUUUAUUUCACCAAAAGAAUUUCGUCGAGCUAUGGAAGCACAAAAAAUGUAUACAAGUCAAGAUAUUGAUUAUAUAUUAAUGUGUGUUGAUACAAAUCAAGAUGGAAAAAUUGAUUUUAUGGAAUUUACAGAACGUUUUCAUAAUCCAGCGAAAGACAUUGGUUUUAAUAUGGCUGUUUUAUUAACUAAUUUAUCUGAACAUAUGCCACAUGAUACACGUUUACAACGUUUAAUGGAUAAAGCUAAAAGCUUUUUAUCAUAUUUUCAAGAUUAUCUUGGUAGAAUUGAAAUCAAAGGUGGCGGUGGUUAUAUUGAACGUGUUUAUUUUGAAAUAACGGAAUCAAAUAUUGAACAAUGGAAUAAACCACAUAUUAAAGAAUCGAAAAAAGCAUUUUUACAUUUAGUUGUUAAUGAAACAGAUGAUAAAGAAAAAUUAGAACAAUUUAUUAAUUUCUGUGAAGAUACCAUUUUUGAAAUGCAACAUGCUGUUGCUCUUAGUGGUGAAGAAGAUGAUCAAGUAACUCGUGCAGCAACAUUUCCAGAUGCUGAAACAGGUGCUGGUCAUCUGACAAAAUCGGAACCAGUUAAAUUAGUCUUAUCAUAUGCUUGGUCUGGUAUAAAAGGUCUUUUUCGUUUACUUCAUCCAUCAACAAUACGUCAUGGUUAUCAUCAAUUUCGUCAAAUGACAUUUAAAGAUAUGAUUAAAAAUCUAUUUUUAUUAUUAAUCAAAUGUAUUCGUUUAUUAUUUGUAAUAAUAAUCUAUGCUUUAAGGUAUGUAAAUAAAUGUAGUUUAAUGCAUGAAUUUGCAGUGAUAAAUUUUUUCUUCAGUUUGCAUGUUUUUCUGAUAAUGAAAUGUUUAUUAACUAAACGUUCAUAUCAUCGUUUGGUAAAAAUAUUUCAUCGAUAUAAUGAUAAACUAAAUAAAAAUUCAUUAAAAUAUCAUCAAGAUGAAGAUAAUCAUUCAUUAUUAUAUAUUUCAAAACAUUCGAAUACGUCAAAUACUGAUUAUUAUUUUUUUAAUAAACGAUCAAAGAAUUUAUUUUUCAAUGAUAAAAAUUUAUCUCAACGUCAUUAUCAUUCCAUACAAAGAUUGAAUAGUUCAGAUAUAGAUCCUAGAAGAAAACGAACAUUAACUUAUUGUGUUUGGAAUUUAAUGACUGGUGAAGAUCAGCAAGAUAGAAAAACAGAAAAAUUUGCUUUACCACCACCUACAAAACGGCGUGAUCUUCAUUUACCUUCAGUUAGUAUAGCACAAAUUGGAUUUACUGCUAGUGAAGAGUCAAUACCAAUGAAUGCGUUUGGUAUUGAUUUUAGUUCUGAUCCAUUACCAAAACAUAAGAUGUCGUUAACUGAUGAACAAAUAAAUAUACUUAAUUUUGAUUCUGUUCAAACAUUUGACGCAGAUCAAAAACCUUUGAUUGUUAAUAAUAUUGAUUCGUCAACAGGACAGUCAUUACCAUCAUCAGUUAGUACAACAGCACAUCUAAUGCCAUCAGCACAGCAUAUGCCACAUCAACAUUCAAUAACAGCUACUAUAUCAAAUCAACCACAAUUAACGACAACAAUGAAUAUACCAUCAAAGGUUAUUGAGAAAUCUAAACAAGCACUUGAAAUUAAUGUUCAAGCUGAAUAUCAACAGAAAAAUCCGACACUAACUCCUAGUUUAAGCACAGUAGAUGAUGAUGAUUUUAUUCCACCUGAACCACCACCAAGAACUGAUUAUGGAAAGAAAGCUUUGGCUUUGCCAUUAGUUACAGCAGCUGAAGAACCAGUGCCAUCGGAUGCAGUUGAACGUAUUGAUGACGAUGAAAAUGAAGUAAUUAUGAUGGAUCCAAAAAAUUAUUAUAUGGUUUAUCUAUUACAAAUAAGUGCAUUUUUACAUUCAUGUGUUGCAUUUCUAAUGAUGAUUAGUUAUUAUAAAUUAAAAGUUCCUCUGGUUAUAUUCAAACGAGAAAAAGAAAUAGCUCGAAAAUUAGAAUUUGAAGGUGCUUGGUUAAUUGAUCAACCAAGUGACAAUAAUUCAUGGAUAUUAUCCUAUUUAUCGCGCGAAUGGCAUAAACUUGUUAUAAGUUCUAAAUCGUUUCCUGAUUCAUAUUGGGAUAAAUUUGUUAAGAAAAAAGUUCGAAAUAAAUAUUCAGAUCAAUUUGAUUAUGAUGAAUUAAGUCGAUUUUUGGGUAUGGAAAAAAAUGAUACACCUGGAAAAUUUGAAAUUGUUAAACCAGUUGAAACUGGUUUAUGGGGAAAAAUUAAAUCCGUCGAUAUGCGUUAUCAAGUAUGGAAAUGGGGUGUCAUUUUUACGGAUAAUUCAUUUCUCUAUGUCUUCUUUUACUUUAUUUUUUCCGUUAUUGGCAAUUUUUCAUUUUUCGUCUUUGCAAUUCAUUUACUUGAUGUUGCCAUCAGUGUUAAAGCACUGAGUACUAUCUUAAAAUCCAUUACCCAUAAUGGUCGACAGUUACUUCUAACAAUAAUGUUAAUGGCUGUAGUUGUCUAUCUUUAUACAGUUAUUGCAUUUAAUUUCUUUCGUAAAUUUUAUACGAAAGAAGAAGACGAAGAAAAAGAAGAAAAUUGUAAAGAUAUGUUUACUUGCUUUAAAUUUCAUUUGUAUUCUGGUAUUCGAGCUGGUGGAGGUAUUGGUGAUGAACUUGAAUCACCAAAUGGAGAUCCACUUGAAUUAUAUCGAAUUAUUUUUGAUAUAACAUUCUUCUUUUUUAUUAUCGUUAUACUUCUUGCUAUCAUUCAAGGUUUGAUUAUUGAUGCUUUUGGUGAUCUUCGAGAACAACUUGAUUCUGUUAAAGAAACACUUGAAUCAAAAUGUUUUAUUUGUGGUAUUGGUCAAGAUUAUUUUGACAAAGAGCCGCACGGAUUUGAAACACAUACAACAGCCGAACAUAAUUUUGCAAAUUAUAUGUUCUUUUUAACACAUCUUCUAAAUAAACCUGAUACCGAACAUACUGGACAGGAAAGUUAUGUUUGGGAAAUGUAUCAGAGUCGUCGAUGGGAUUUCUUUCCUAUUGGAGAUUGUUUUCGACGUCAGUAUGAACCGGGAGGCGGCGGUGCAACAACAGAAAGUUAA